GACUUCACUCCACUCCAGACUUCACACUCCACUCCAGACUUCACUCCAAACUUCAAUAAACUAUCGAGACUCAGCUCUUCUCUAUCCUUAGUGAAACUAUAGAGAUCAAUUGUUAUCGACCUACCCAUCAUUUGAUAUCAAGAAGCUGUGAGUGUUAAAAUCAUCAGCGGAAUGUCCGGACUUCCAUCGAGGAUUGUCAGCUUAGCAAUUUAUCAACAAUCCAUAACUCUUAUCUUAAAACCAGUACAACUUCCAACUUGCAACUCCCCGACUCCAAGAAUUGUCUAUUAAUAUGAUGUGCUAUUAUUGAUCUUCCUGCCUCGUCAAUCAAAGGAACUACUGGGCCUGUGAAUACUUAUUCUUAUUCGAAACAAACUGUCGAGGGUUGAAUGUUCUUUCAUCAUGGUUUCCUUGGACAGUCGGGACCUUGUUCCAUUUCCACCUGGUAGCAAUGCCAGCGACACUUUGAUCGAAGGAGUGCAUUAUAAUCUCACAACACUGAAACAUUGGAAUUAUACUUAUUAUUCCAAUGGCACAUUUUCUAAUGGGUCCUUAUGCUUCAUCCUCUUCAAACCCUAUACCCCUCAUUUACUCCAGAACGGUACCUUUCUCAACAGCACAUCAUGUUAUUCUCCGAUCAAGUCUAUGGCAGCGCGGUCUAUAAUCGGUCUUGUGGUGGGAAUCUUAUUCUUGAUCAGUAUCAUGUUCACAUUGAUUAAUCUACGAAAACAUGGCCGAACAAUCAUAUCUCCCCGUAAACGGUUCCGUGCGGUGAGUAGAAGAUGGCAGUGGUAUUGGAUGCUUAUAAUUGGAACCUGUGGAGGCAUAAGCGGCAUAAGUGCCGUGGAUGUCGACAGAUAUUUUUUACCAGAGUUGCCUUUUGCUUUAACAAACUUCUUCUGGUUCUUGAUGCUACCGGCGACAAUGGCAGCUGUGUGGGAGAGUGUGAGGCAUUGGGGCAGUUGGCAAGAGAGACAAAUGCUCGAUAUCCCUGAAAACAGACGUGCACUGAGGGAGGAUGAUAGGAGGACGAAGAUGGAACUAGUGAUGCCAUUGGUCUUUUAUUUCUUCUUUUGGUUGAAUUUCUUACUGGUCAUACCAAGAUCUUGGGGUUCAUUCGAAAAACAACGAGAUUUGGAUCAAAGUAAUCUCAUUGCUGCACCAGCUGCUACUGACAUUCGAUUCAAACUCGCAGCUUUCUUUCUUUUGGGGGGAUGGUUAACAACAAUUUACUCUUUACAACAUUCGAUAUAUCACUAUAGGUCUCACGAACAGGGGUUUUUGAACCGCUUCAUUGCGCUUUUCAAACACACUCCUGCCAAAUUUUUCCUCACCCUCUUCCUUUCUCUAGUAAUGAUUGGAUACAUAGCAGCGAUUUCAUUUUAUUUUCCAAUAUCCCCUCUCAACAUCCGUGCGAAAGUGGAAUACAUAUAUCCUUUAGGUUGGGGACCAAUAGCACUGAUACUGCUCGUCUACGAAGUCGCCGGCUACUUGAAUCCAAAUGAAGAUCGUGAUCUACUCCGUCAGCGACGUACUCGCGAUUUGGCAGCAGACGAAGAAAUGGGAUACACGAGAAAACCACGAUGGUGGAGUCGACUACAUGGUGAUAACAAAUUUGGUAGUGUGCAAGAGAGGAUAACUGCCAAUGUCGCUCAAGUCGGUGGUGGAGUCCCAACAACAAAGGGAUUGGAGAGAGUAAUGGAAAUGCAAGAUCUUCCAUCGCCUACCAGAGAUGAAAGAGACACUCAGCAUCCAACAAGGGGCAUUGGGUCAUUGGGGAUGGCCGCUGGUGUGUCAUAUCCUCCACGUCUGGAUACUGAAGAAAGAUUUAGGGAUAACCCACCAAGGACCAGAGAUUCAGAAGCGAGUUCAGUGACACAAGUGGAGUCUGAACAAGGUGCAAGCACUAAUAGUACUGUUUCCGUAUCGGCACCUCCACAGCAGAUUAGGAGUAUGCUUGAUGUCUAGUAAUGAUUUGAUGUAUGCUAUAAGCAUUUUGAGGGCUUCAAGAAGAAGAAUAUUAGUGGUGUAGUACAUCCUAAAAAGGUUUAUGAUAAUAAAAGACGGGUAUCGGGCAUACGAUAAGAUGUGCUUGAAUAGCAAGAAUAACAGCGAAUAAUUGGUUUGACCUAUUCUAAAAGAGCAUGGAAAACCUAUAUUAAUGAAUUAUUCUACAAACUGUUGAUUUCAGGCGCCGGCUGUAGUGGUUAUUUGAGUCUCCUCAAGUCCAGGAAUCGGCAUCUACUUUAUGGGUUUUUGCACAAAACAUAUUUUAUAAUCACUUAAAACAUAAGUCUAGUACUUAUUGUGUACCUUGCUUUCAGUAAACCGGGACCCUGGCGUUAAACAUCAUUGUCCUUUUCCAACUAAUUCCAAAAGAAACUCAAUCAU